AUGGAUCAGAAACAGCAAUCAAUCUGCUGCUUACGUGCGUUGUUGGAUUCCUCAUGUGGAGAGGGGACGGAUAUCGCUAGACAAGAUGAAACAUGCCCGUCCAGUAUAAACAGUUUAGGCGGAGGACUGAAAGUCUUUCCAGUCUCUGAGAACAAUGCUGUCUACUUGGGUGAUCGAUGUGCACAUUCAAAAUGCGAACAUUUUUGCAAUGAUCGAGGUGGAGAAAGCGUUGAGUGCACCUGCAGACCAGGGUACGAUCUAGGUCCCGAUGGGCAGAGCUGUGUUGGUGAGUCUAAUCAACAUUCGCUCCUAAAUAAGACUUUUUGGCCUUUAUACGACCUAAGACUCGUUCAUUGUUGCGCUUUCAAAGCACAUUUUACGAAAGGGUGGUCUUGGAGUAAUUGGUGUUCAGAGUAG